GUAAACAGGAACCCUGCGCUCACUUCCCGUCAUGCUUUUCGCGUCAGCUGAUGUGGUAACAGUGACCGAGCGUGACAGCGACUCAUUCCCAUAAGCAAGAGCAGAGAUUUCAAAAGCCACCAGACAGAUGAACACACAACAAACAUGAGCGUUGAGUGGCACUAACCCAGACUCGAAGAGCCAUGCUGGCCACCCAAACAACCGACAGCAGCCCAGAGACCAAAGAUGUUAAACAGUGGAUCAAGGAAAAGAUCGCACAAACGUUGAAAGUCCUGCAGAAGCGGUACAUCACUACAGACACCGCGGUCACCAGUGAGGAUCAGGAGGCAAACCUCCUGUGUUGUGCUUUGGAAGCCGUCUUCAUCCACGGCAUCAAGAGCAAGUUCAUCCGCACGGAUGGAGGUCACGGGCGCAAGGGAGGGUCACGAGGGGCCGUUCCUCGGCCCGUUUUCUGGAGCCUUCUUAAAACCGUCACCCACAGAGAUGUUGUUCAAGAACUAGAGUGCCUGAGCUUCAUCAACUCAGACGUUGGGCGGUGUAGAGCCUGGGUUCGUCUGGCGCUGAAUGACGGCCUUCUGGAGUGUUACCUGACGUCUCUGCUCCGUGAGGGCUCAAACCUGGGAUCCCACUACCAGUCUGGAGCUCUUCUCCUGGACCCGGAGGACCGCGAGGUUCUCCUCACCCUCCUUCAGGGUUUGUCCUCGCUGACCUUCCAGCUGUCCUACAAAUCAGCAGUGCUUAACGAGUGGACAAACACGCCGUUGGUCCUCGCGGGGCUUUGCCGCCCUGCACCCGCUGAGGAGGACCAGCUGUGGCCCAAGCGCAAGGAAUCUUGGGAUACGGUCUCCCAGUCAUCCGGAGGGUCCGGAAGCUCAGAUUGGGCUCAGGAAGUGCUCCACAAGGAGCCAAUGAAAGAGCAAGCUGAAAGCUGUGAGGCCAGUACUCCGACCUCGUUGAACGCGAGUCUGGACACGUCGGGUUCAUCGCAGCUGUCCACCAGCCUGAGCUCCGAUAGUCUCCUGCAGGGUCAUGAACCCAAGAGUCCUGAGAGAGAACGCUGGAACUGUGACGCCGACAUCAGCCGCGGUGCACAGGGGGAGAAUUCACUAUCAGAAGACAGCAGCUCUUCUAGUCAGGAGGUGAUAAAGCAAGACAUCGAUGACUUCACACCUGCUCCCGAUGAUGCUCACCAAACAGUCACGCACUUCUCCGAUGCUCCUGAGCUUUACUCCACAGAGAAAGCUGAAGAGAUCAUACAGGAGACAGACAAAGAAACAAAAUCCGUAUCUGAGACUCUUGUUGUAACCACAAGACUUAAAGUUAGAAAUACAGUCAAUGAGACAUCAGAAAGAGAGAAAAAGAGCAAGAGCUUAGCCUCCUCCUGUCGUCCCUUUAGAGCUUCUCCUCUCACAGAGACCUCUGAGAAGACCUCAGACCUUCAGGAUGCUCACCGUCCUACUCCAAAGACCUCUGACCUCAAAGAAGUUCAAGCUCCUUCAACAGAGAGCCCUGCUGGACCAAAUCCAGUGGAACAUGCCAGACAUGCAAUACUUAGACGUUCCACAAGCGCCGUUAGCAGAAGAACAUCCACAGACUCGCUGUAUUCCUCCGGUCAAUCCACGUCUUGGAUUUCAGAGGAAGAUUUUUAUAAACCCGAAAUGAGCAGGAAUUCUGAAGGACAUGUCUGUGUUGACACCACACAAAUGAACGGGCAGGUGAAGACCACGCCUGAACCAGACGACGUCCAGUCACCACCUAGUGUAGUUCAUCGCAGACAAAACGGUCUGCCUAACCCCUUCAAGGGUCUUCUGAAGCUGGGUCAGCUGGAGAGACGCAGCGCCGUUGGCAUGUGGUGGGAUUAUUACUGCGAGCUCUCGCCGUUCGAGUUUCGACUUUACAUCAACGCAGAGGAGCGCGUCUGCUACGAAAACCUGUCCCUGCUGCGCUGCGAGGACGUCCACCUCUCCUCAGGCACCGAGGGACGUUUCCGGCUCACCUUCCAUGGCAAGAGACUGUACCUGCGUGCUCCGUCCCGAGGCGAGGCCGAAGACUGGGUGGACCGCGUCGUGGAGGCCAUCGGCAAACUACGCCCCUUGGUGAGAGACGAGGCGUGGGAGGUGCUAGCCGACGAUCGUGAAUUCCCCUCGCCGUCAUCAGCUCCCUCGAGCCCGGAGCACGCCAUCUCAGAUCCUCCUCAGUUAGACUGGACCCGUCUCACAGACCCGGAGAUGGACGCUAUAAAGGAGGCGGUGGUCUAUCAGAACGUGGAGGAGAAAGGCUGGAGGUCUGUGGUGCUCUCUCUAUCCCUGGAGGCUCUCAGGGGUUACAGCGUCGAAGAAAACGCCAAGACGCCAAUCUUCUCAUACUCCAUAGGGACCGUCAGGGACGUGGUUCCGGAUGUUUCUCUCGGCAGCCCUGCAUUUUUUAAGGUUCUGACCGCACAGGAGACUGUGACGUUGAGGGCGGAGAGCGGCGAGGAAGCCCGAGGAUGGAGGAACCUGAUCAGAGGAGCUCUCGACCUGUAUUUGGAUACGGAGGAUGACGGGUUCGUCUCAUCGGCCGGAAGAAUGCAGGGGGGGAAUGUUUACAAGCUGGUCCAACACAGACUCAAAGGUGAUGGAGAGCUGCUGUCUCACCUGUCCAUCGUCCCCAAAGAGAUGGGAUUAGAUGCGCAAAAUUACAAAUGUGCAGGCUGCUCUCGACAGAUCGGCGUGUCUCAAGGCAGAGCUCGACUCUGUGAGUUCUCAGGUCAUCAUUACUGCGAUACCUGUCACCAUGGAGACGUCAGCAUCAUACCCUCCCGUGUGGUGCACAACUGGGACCUGACAGCACGUGAGGUGUCAAGACGAGCCCUGCGUAUGAUGGCUCAAAUCGAGCAUGAGCCGCUCCUCAACAUGCACGCUUUGAAUCCUGACCUGUUUGAUCACGCAGACGUUAUGUCAAAAAUACAUAAUCUCAGACAGCAGCUGCGUUUCCUAGGCGACUACCUCCUCAUCUGCCGCAGUGACAUUAGCAAACAAAUCCAGCCCAGACUUCAGCAGAGGACGUAUUUACUGGAGAACAGUGAUGCGUACAGUGUGCUGGACCUGCAGCAGAUUGCGGAUGGACAUUGUGAAUCUUACCUGCAGUCUCUGAUUCAGUUCGGCUCCAAGCAUGUGUACCAAUGUGACCUUUGCACCCAUAGGGGCUUCAUUUGUCAAAUCUGCAAUACAGAUGACAUCAUUUUCCCCUUUCAGUUUGACAGCACGUCCAGAUGUGGUGUGUGUAAGACAGUCUACCACUCCUCCUGUAAGGCUCAAUGUCCCGUCUGUCCUCGCUGUGUGAGAAUACAGAAAUACAUGGACAGAGAUUUGGAUGAUUAACUCUUUCUUCAUUGUUUUUUUGUCUUGUUUUAAGGAUGUUUAAACAUGAAUACAAGAAGACUGUAAUACUUGCAUUAUAUUAUAGCGCAGUUUAUUUUCUUACCUUAUUGUAAAACAGUUCCUUUUGGUUUAGGGCUUAAACCCAACAAUUUCCCUACAAUGGAAAUUCUCAAUUAAGCCUUUAUAUCUUAUGCAGUUUUGAUACUCAAGUACGUUUUUAGUGUACAACAAAACUUGAAUGCUUUCCUGUAGCGGCUACGUGUACAGUGUUCAUCUCCAGCUGUACCGCGGUAAACUGUGUACAGUUCGGGAAUAUUUAUCUACAGUCAACCAAAAAGCAUUUGGUCAGUUUCACACUAAAACCUCUUAUUGGACUUUUCAAGUGCACUUAUUUACACACGGUUCUGUACAUAUACGUGUGUAAACUUUCACCUGCACAGACUGAGAGUGAUUUUCUGUCUGGCAGGGGAACAUAUUUAUAAAACCUGUUGGGCUAGAGAUCUUUAACUUUUUUAUAGUAAUAUUUUUUUAUUCUAAUGUCAUAUGCCAAGUUUUAUAUGAAGUAUUUCAUGUUUACAAAGCAAACUGUAUGCAUUAAUAAGGCAAUGGAAUGAUUAUUAAACAUAUGGCUUUACAAAUGCACUUUUAAACUGCCUUUUAAUCUGCGGUUUCAUUGUAGCAUUUUAGUCACUAAAAUGGGUCGUGAACGCAAUGUAACUGUUUUUAAUAGCGAAUGUGAACUCAUUUUUCUCUCGAAUGAAGCAUAACGUCUGACGUUCAUCUCUGCGAAUGAAAAUUAAAUCUUUUCUAGACUUG